AUGUCCUACUCCCUCCCGACGCCCUUCACCCCGGACAGCGGCGCAUUCGCUGCCCUCGACCCCUCGCGAUGCCCCUCUGACGCCAACACCAACACCACCAUCGCCAUCACGGCGCUCGCCCGCUUCGAGUUCGAGGCGGGCAAAGCCAACGACGGGACCAAGAUCCUGAUGAUCGAAUGGGAGGACGACAGCCGGGGCUCGUUCCCGGGGGGCUCGUGGCACGUCGCGUGGGAGGGCAAGCAGGCGGUGCUGCCGGCGGACGAGAAGACGAACGACCACACGCGCCGGCUGUACUUCCUGCUGCCGCCGCACGUCACGAUCCCUCCGGCCGUCACGCUCUCGUACGAACUGCCCUCCACCGCGCCGCCGCCGCCCGCCGCCGCCGCCUCCCCGCCGGACCCCCUCCACCUCAACCCGCUGCCCGCCAUCUUCCCGCCCGAGCUGGGCGCCGACGGCCGCUCCGCCGGCAAGAAGGGCGUGUUGCACACCAUCUGGGCCAAGAAGCGCCUGCAGGUGCUCGAGCACGAGAUCAACCACGAGUGUCGCGCGAACGCAGAGGGCAUCGCCCUGCACAUGGCCCUGCAGGAGAAGGAAUGGAUCGAGUCCAACUUUGGCGUUUCGCUGUCGGCGGAGCGCCAGCGUGCGCUGAGCCAGGGCCAUCCCGAUCCGCACUAUCCGAUGGGGCCAGCGACCCCGGUGUCGCCGAGCAGUAGUAGUAGUGGUGGGGGCAAGCUGGGCGAUAAGCUGAAGGGGUUGAAGCUGCAGACCAGCGAGCGGGAGCUGUCGCCGAAGGACGGCCACCACCACCACCACGCCGCCGCCGCCGCCGCCGCCCGCCAUCUCCUCUCCCCGGCGUCGCCCGACGUGGCCGUCUCCUCGUUCAACUCCUUCCACGGCAUGCACCCCAGUCCGGUGUCUCUGGCCGAUAGCCUGCGGACGGUGGUGCACUACCCGCCUGAGUCGGUGCAGGAGCAGCAGAACGCGGCGCACGACACGGGGUUCGCGACGAUGGGGAUGGGCAUAAGUAUCGGGACGGGCAGCGCGGAGUCGGGCGAGGAGCUGUUCGCGAAGGCGCUGAGCCCGCGCACGCCGGACCUGCCGCGUAGUCCGUUCUCGUUCGGGCCGGUGCAUAUGUAG